AUGAUGAACUUAUAUCAAUUUGAAUUGUUCUUAUUCCUUCUCCUUAUCAUUCUCAAUACAACCUACCAACAAUCUCCUCAAUCAGAUGAACCGCUACCAAUAAAUAUUAAAGUCGUAUCUGAAAUCAAACAAUAUUUGUACGAUUUUGGCUACCUCAAAGAGUCAAAGAUGGACUUCGAUGAAGUUCUAGACAAAGAUACAGUAUCCGCUAUUAAAACCUACCAACAGUUUUUCAAUCUCCAAGUUACCGGUGAACUAAAUACUGAGACUUUACAACAAAUAUCGUUACCACGAUGCGGUGUUCCAGAUAUGAACUUCGAGUAUGGCUUUACCGUUCCAGAUAUGAACUUCGAGUAUGGCUUUCCCGAUGCAACUAAUACAUCGAAACCGAAAGGAAACAAGUGGUUUCCUAAGGGCACGAAAACUCUCACCUAUGGUUUUCAUCCCAUAAUUGAUAUGUCAAUCUACCUGACCGACGUGAUCAGAAAUGCCUUCACGCGAUGGUCGACGACCACUAGGAUCAUGAGUUUCAACGAGACAACAUACGAUGACGCUGACAUUAAAAUUGUAUUCUACAUUAUUUAUUACAACGAUGUUAAGUCGGGAGACAUUGAUUUGGAGAGUGUGGCAAUGCAUCAAAUAGGCCAUUUGCUUGGACUUGAUCAUUCUUCCCAUAAUGAGUCAAUUAUGUAUCCAGCAAUAUUGCCAUCACAAAAAAGGAACGUGCAGAUUACAGAUUCUGAUAACAAAACCAUUCAACAACUCUAUACCACCGAUGCUAUCAAAGACAGUGCAAACUCUGGUUAUACCACCGAUGCUAUCAAAGACAAUGCAAACUCUGGUUAUAUCACCAAUGCUACAAAAGACAAUUAUAGUGGGAGCUUCAAACUUUUUGUGUCUAGUUCUGGUUUUCUUACCUCUUUGUUCCUUGGAAUUACUUUGUUGGGUUUGUUGAACUAG